GUCAGACAGUUUAGAUUGAAAAUAAUUUUUUAAGUGUCCGUCCUUGUUUGAGAAUAUAUCAAAAAAGAAAAAAAUAUAUAUUUUUUUGUGAGGAAUUGGAUAUAAAAAAAAAAUUGUUAAAAGUAAUUAAAAAUAGUACCCAAGUAAUCAAAAUAUAAUUGUAAUAAAAGCAAAAAGGAGAAAAUGUCGAUAAAUCCAAAUCAAUAUAAACUGUCUGACCGGACGGCUAGGUUAACAGCUCAAGAUCUUUUGCCGACGACGGUUUCAGCCGGUACAGAAACAAGAGAAUUUCUUCAAAAAGUCAUCGAUAUCCUUUUGGAUUAUGUUAAAGCAGUUAAUGAUCGAAAUGAGAAAGUACUAGAUUUUCAUCAUCCUGAGGAUAUGAAACGUUUAUUGGACCUUGAAGUGCCUGAUCGUGGCGUAACUUUACAACAAUUGAUAGAAGAUUGCGCAGUCACAUUAAAAUAUCAAGUUAAAACUGGGCAUCCACAUUUUUUCAAUCAGCUAUCAUGUGGUUUAGAUUUGAUUUCAAUGGCAGGUGAAUGGCUUACAGCAACUGCCAAUACAAAUAUGUUUACAUAUGAAAUUGCUCCGGUGUUCAUAUUAAUGGAAAAUGUUGUUUUAACAAAAAUGCGUGAAAUAAUUGGUUGGAAUGGUGGUGAUUCAAUUUUGGCACCUGGUGGAUCAAUUUCAAAUUUAUAUGCAUUUUUGGCAGCACGCCAUAAAAUGUUCCCAAAUUUUAAAGAAAAAGGUUCAUCAUCAUUACCUUCACAAUUGGUAAUGUUUACAUCAGAUCAAUCGCAUUAUUCAGUUAAAUCAUGUGCUAGUGUUUGUGGUUUAGGUACAGAUAAUUGUGUAAUGGUACCAUCAGAUGAUAGAGGGAAAAUGAUUACAAAAGAAUUGGAAAGAUUGAUUAUGGAAAGAAAAAAGAUGGGACAUAUUCCAUUUUUUGUUAGUGCCACAUCUGGUACAACAGUAUUAGGUGCUUUCGAUAAUCUAAAUGAAAUUGCUGAUAUUUGUCAACGACAUAACUGCUGGAUGCAUGUUGAUGCUGCAUGGGGUGGCGGUCUAUUGUUAUCUAGAAAAUAUCGAUAUUUGAGAAUGGCAGGAGUUGAAAGAGCCGAUUCUGUUACUUGGAAUCCACAUAAAUUAAUGGGCGCCUUGCUUCAGUGUUCUACAAUUCACUUUAAAGAAGAUGGCCUUCUUCUUAGCUGUAAUCAAAUGUCUGCUGAAUAUUUAUUCAUGACUGAUAAACAAUAUGACAUUCAAUAUGAUACCGGUGAUAAAGUUAUUCAAUGCGGACGACAUAAUGAUAUCUUUAAAUUGUGGUUACAAUGGCGUUCUAAAGGUACUGAAGGUUUUGAGCAACAACAGGAUCGUUUAAUGGAAUUGGCACAAUAUCAAGUACGAAGAAUUAAAGAACAAUCUGAUAAAUUUCAUUUAAUUUUGGAACCAGAAUGCGUUAAUGUUUCAUUCUGGUAUAUUCCAAAGAGAUUACGUGGUAUACCACAUGAUAGACAAAAGGAAAUGGAACUUGGAAAGAUCUGCCCAAUUAUUAAAGGACGUAUGAUGCAAAAAGGUAGCUUAAUGGUUGGCUAUCAACCAGAUGAUAGAAGACCAAAUUUCUUCAGAUCAAUUAUAUCAUCAGCUGCUGUUACAGAAAAGGAUGUCGAUUUCAUGCUUGAUGAAAUUCAUCGUUUAGGUGAUGACUUGUAAAUUAGUUUUAGCUUAAUUAUAUAUAUAUAUAUAUAAUAUAUAUUAUAACUAUUGAUAUAUAACAAAAAAAAAACAAAUAGUAAUAUAUAUUAUUUAGAACAGAGAAACUCAUAUAUAAGAGAGAAACAAACACAUAUAUUAUUAUUAUUAUAUUUAAAAAAGAAAACCAAAGAAAUUAUAAAUUUAAAUUUGUUGAUUUAUUAAAAAAAAAAAAAUUAUAUAUAUAUAUAUAAUUAUAUUAUAUUAUAUACAUUGUGCACAUUAUAUUUUAAGUAUAUUAUAUAACAAAAAAAAAAAACAAAAAAAUUUAAUUAACGAAAAUAAAAAAAGUUCCGAUAAAUUCAAACUAUUAUGAAAACAA